AUGCAGGAUGAUCUGAGGAUUGUGUUGCUGGGACAAACUAGAGCUGGGAAAAGAGCAGCUGGAAACACAAUCUUAGGAAGAGACACGUUUACAGCAGAAACAUCUCAUGAGUCAGUAACUAAAGAGAGUCAGAGAGAAUCAUCUGAAAUCAACGGCCGACACGUUACUGUGAUCGACACUUCAGGACUGUUUGAUACUGAACUGAGUAAUGAGGAGAUCCAGAGAGAAAUCAGACACUGCAUCUCCAUGAUCCUGCCUGGACCACAUGUGUUCAUCAUUGUGUUCAAUUUAGGACAACGAUUCACUAAACAUGAGGAAACAUCAGUGAAGAUCAUUCAAGACACAUUGGGAGAAAAAUCUUUAAUGUACACCAUGGUGCUCUUUACCAGAGGAGAUGAUCUGAAGAACAAAACUAUUGAACAGUGUUUGGGAAAACCUGGAUCUCCUUUAAUGAAGCUGAUUGAAACAUGUAGAAACAGAUUCCAUGUGUUCAAUAAUAAUCAGACUGAAGACCGAACACAGGUGUCUGAUCUACUGGAGAAGAUAGACAACAUGGUGGAAGAAAACGGAGGGAGUUUCUACUCAUGUAAGAUGUUCAGAGAGAUGGAGAGAGAAAGACAAGAACAACAGAUGAAGAUCCUGAUGGACAAAGUCAGAGAAAGAGAAGAACUGAUGAAGAAACUGGAAGAAGAGAAAGAGAGAAUGAAGAUGAUGAUGGAGGAAGAAAGACAGAAUCAAGACAAAGAGAGAAAGAGAAGAGAAGAAGAACUGAAAAGAGAAAUAAAAGAACAAGAGAAUCAUCAGAGAGAGAUACGAGAUGAA